AUGCGACGACAGGGGUCUGAGUCAAGGGUGCCUGUUGAUCCGGAAAUUGAGAAAACCUGUAGAAGAAAUCGGAAACAGAAAAGGGUAGAAAAAAUGGCUCAGAACAGAGGUAACGGAGGGGUCGACAACAUUGCCCAUGGUAACGAUGAGAAUAGAAAUGCUGGGAUAGCAGCGGAUAAUGUUGGAGGAAUAGGAGUUGCACCAGUUCAGCAACCAAUGCAAAGAAGUUUGCGGGACUAUGUGUUACCUACUGUAACGGGGGCACAGUCGUGCAUUAGACCUCCAACGGUUGAGGCUAAUAAUUUUGAAAUUAAGCCUGCUAUUUUGCAAAUGGUACAAUCAUCAGUUCAGUUUGGGGGAUUGCCAACGGAAGACCCAAACUUACAUCUGGCUAAUUUCCUAGAGCUCUGCGCCACAUUCAAGAUGAACGGAGUGACAAACGAUGCAGUGAGGUUGAGACUAUUCCCGUUUUCAUUGAGGGACCGAGCAAAGAGUUGGCUUAUUUCUCUGGAAGCCAAUUCUAUAACAACAUGGGAGGAGCUAACUCAGAAAUUUUUAGCAAAAUUUUUCCCACCAUCGUUGUUUGCAAGGUAUAGAGGUGAAAUCAACAAUUUUCACCAAAAAGAUGGUGAAUCGUUGUAUGAUGCGUGGGAGAGGUUUAAGGAGCUGUUGAGAAAAUGUCCCCAUCAUGGAAUCGAAAAAUGGAUGCUAGUCCAUAUUUUUUACAAUGGUUUGUGUGGUACUACUCGCACAAUCAUAGAUGCAGCGUCUGGAGGAGCGUUCAUGAGUAAGAGCGCUAAUGAAGCUUAUGAUCUGUUGGAAGAAAUGGCUAUGAAUAACUAUCAAUGGCCAUCAGAAAGAGAAACCACUAAGAAGGUGGCUGGAGUGCAUGAAUUGGAUGCCAUCUCAAUGUUGUCCGCUCAAGUGGCAACAUUAACCAAACAGUUACAGCAGAACAACAUUCAAGCUCAAGCUCCAGUUAUGCAGAUGCAGAUUAUGUGUGAGUUAUGUGGGGGACCUCAUUUAUUUGAACAAUGCAUAAUGAGGGAUCUUAACAAUAUGCCUAUGGAGCAAGUGCAAACAAUAGGUAAUUUUCAAAGGCCCUCAAAUAACCCAUACUCAAUGAACUACAAUCAAGGGUGGAGGAAUCACCCUAAUUUCUCAUGGACAAGUGGUCAAGGUAGUCAGCAGCAGUUUCAGCAGAGCCAACCUCAGUACCUAAGGCCUCCUCCUGGAUUUUAUCAAUCACAAAAUAGACCACCACAACAACAAAUACCUACGAGGCAACCUGAAGCACAACCUGAUGUACUUAAUCAAUUUAUGACAGAAACGAGGGCAUCUAUUCGAAGCUUGGAAACUCAGAUUGGACAGUUGGCCACGCUUAUGGCAAACCGAGCUCAAGGGAACUUUCCAAGCACUACUGAGGUGAAUCCAAAGGGGAAUCCUAAUGAAUAG